AUGGACUCAGUUGUAACAAAGCACGCAUUCAGUUCCUUCAAGAUCAGCCCAUCACAGACCCAACAGCCCCUUCACACCACCACAACACACUUCUCCUUCUUCAGAUUCUCUCACUUCAAAAAACUCAGAAAAUCAACGUCUUCAAUCUCUUGCUCUCAUAUACCUCCUUCCAAUCCCAGACGCCCAAAAUCCAUAUGGGAUUCUCAUAACUUUCCCUUAAAUCCCAUCUGGUUCUUGGUCCCAGUCCUCCAAAGCAUCAGAGUUUUAGCUUCUUCACGAACCCAGAAGUGGGUUUCUUUCUUACAGGCUUACAGAGGCACGGAGUGUGUUGUACAUGAAAAAAAUAAUGAUUUUUUACAUAAUAGCGGGAUAGGAGUUGCUUUGUUAAGCGUGACAUCCAAUGCCAAAGUAAAAAUUAGUCCUUUCGUGGCUCAAUUGGCUGCUAAUCCGACCUUUGUUUCGGGCUUGUUCGCGUGGUUUAUGGCACAGUCGACAAAGGUGUUGUUGAAUUUCGUUGUGGAGAGGAAAUGGGAUUUUAGAAUAUUGUAUGCUUCUGGAGGCAUGCCUUCGUCGCACUCGGCGUUAUGCAUGGCUUUGACGACCUCUGUGGCUCUUUGUCAUGGUGUUGCAGACUCGCUUUUUCCUGUUUGUUUGGGGUUCAGUCUCAUUGUUAUGUAUGAUGCUAUUGGUGUUCGACGACAUGCUGGUAUGCAAGCAGAGGUUCUUAAUAUAGUCGUUGAGUACUUGUUCGAAGGGCAUCCCAUCAGCCAAAAGAAGCUCAAGGAACUGCUUGGCCACACUCCCUCCCAGGUUAUUGCUGGAGCUCUCCUCGGCAUCGUAGUCGCUUGUGUUUGUUGUCAGGGAAGCUUGGUUGCUACCUGA